AUGUCAAACGUUGACCUUGGACCUAACAACGAUCUUGGACCAGGCCCGAUUGCGAGUACCGAUGCGCGACCAACAAGUAUAUUGGCGGACGACAGCGUGAGCAGGGCAGGCAUGGAUGCUAUCGUGUCUGCCAUCGGUGAUGGAGCUGCAGCAGCAGUAACAACGCGACCUGGCCAACCUACGGCCGCGAAUGCGCUGUCGGUGUUGCUGUCAGCUUUGCCGAGCGAUGUCAGAUCUUCGAUGGUAUCACAAUUUGAGGCAACGCAGACAUUCUCGACGAGCACGAGGCCAACAUCGACGAGCACAAGGCCGACAGCGUCAUCUACCACACAGAUCACAACACCAUCAGCAAGAUCAUCCACACAUACUCAUGCGAGCAGCACAUCGUCAUCGAUACCUGCCGCCACCACUACUGCUGCACCGCCAGUGGAUUCUCAGCAAAUCUCGAAUGGUACCAUCGCUGGAGUGGCUACCGGUGUUGUAGCAGGCGCUGUGCUCAUCAUCCUUGGCAUCAUCCUGUUGAUCAGACGCAGGAGGCAAGGACAAGCUCCAUUCGGCCCACGUGGAUCUCAGCGAUCGAAAGGCAGCGGUCGAGCAUACCCCGAGGUCGCCUGGCUGUACGACCCAGCUCCUACUCCGCCGAACGAACCUAGCCCUCACCGGGAGGAGUCAGAUGCUUCUCUUCUGCCGAGGGCACCAGAGAUGACUGCUGCCGGUGGAGCGAGUCCACACCUCCGCCCUGUGGGACCUGACAGUCCCCUACUCCCUCCACAUAUGCCUUUCGCGCCGGGAGCGUCACCUGUCACCUCUCCCAACUCUUCACGGAACUCUUCGCCACGUAGUGCGGGUCGGCGGUCCGGACGAAGCUCGAUCAAUUCGAGCGAUCCUAGAAGGCCACUGCAUAUCAUAUCGGAGGAGACGCAUGCACAGUAG